AACAUUUUGAGAUCUGGUCUCGGUGGAUCUGCUCCUGGAUAGGGGUACCAGGGCAAGUGGCUAACUAGUUUAUCCUGUCAGCAUGGGGUCUGGCUCCUCCUCCUAUGCUCCCAAAACCAUCUAUUUGGAUGUAGAUGGUAAAGUUCAGAAGGUGCUUUUCAGUCGUCACUGCAGCCCAUGUGAUAUUAAAGAACUGCUGUGUUCCUCCUCCAACAUCCCUAGGAACACUGCUAUAAUGAUGGUGAACCCUGAAGGUGCACUUGUGUCCAUUGAUCCCACAAUGCCCACCAACACCCCCAACUCCCUGUACAAAGUCAUGCCUUCAUCUACUGGCCAGCUGGGAGAAAAGGAAGAUAUGUUUCAGAAUGUAAUCUCACAGGUAGCAGAGCAGUUCAGCAGAGCAUUCAGGAUCAACGAACUAAAAACGGAAGUGACCAACAGACUGGCAAUGCUGGAGAAGAGAGUAGAACUGGAGGGGUUAAAGGUCGUAGAAAUCGAAAAGUGCAAAAACGAUUUGAAGAAGCUGAGAGAUGAGAUGACUUCCAGAGCAGGAGGAAGAGUAAAUUGUCCAUGUAAAUACAAUUUCUCAGACAAUGGAAAGAAAUUAACUCCUAGACGUGACGUCCCCAGCUACCCAAAGUACACACUUUCUCAGGAGACCAUUGACGCGCUGAAGAAACCAACCUUUGAUGUUUGGCACUGGGAACAUAAUGAAAUGCUGAGCUGCCUGGAGUACAUGUACCAUGACUUAGGCCUCGUGAAGGAGUUUAACAUGAACCCGAUUACUCUCAAACGCUGGCUGCUGAGCAUUCAGGAAAAUUACCGCAGCAACCCGUUCCAUAAUUUCCGGCAUUGUUUCUGUGUGAGUCAGAUGAUGUAUGGCAUCAUCCACCUCUGCAACCUUCAGGAAAUGCUCACGCUGACAGAUCUGGGCAUUUUAAUGACUGCUGCUGUGUGUCACGACUUAGACCACCCUGGAUACAACAACACGUACCAGAUCAAUGCUCGUACUGAGUUGGCAGUGCGCUACAACGACAUCUCGCCCCUGGAGAAUCACCACUGCGCUGUGGCCUUCCAGAUACUCUCACUGCCAGAGUGUAAUAUAUUUGCAAAUGUGGACCCGGAGGCCUUUAAACAGAUCCGACAGGCUAUCAUCACACUGAUUUUGGCCACGGACAUGGCCCGGCAUGGAGAGAUUCUGGACUCGUUCAAGCAUAAAGUGGACAAUUUUGACUUCACCAAUGAAGAGCAUGUGACUUGCCUGAAGAUGGUUCUUAUCAAAUGCUGUGACAUUUCCAACGAAGUCCGGCCUACAGAGGUGGCAGAGCCGUGGGUGGACUGUCUGCUGGAGGAAUAUUUCAUACAGAGUGAUAGAGAGAAAUCUGAGGGGCUUCCUGUGGCAGCCUUCAUGGACAGAGACAAAGUCACCAAGCCCACAGCCCAGAUUGGCUUCAUUAAAUUUGUUCUCAUCCCCAUGUUUGAAACUGUCAUGAAGCUCUUUCCUCAGAUUGAAGAGAUUAUGGUUCAGCCUCUCAGAGACUCACGGGACCAUUAUGAGGAGCUGAAGCAAAUUGAUGAUGCCAUGUCCGAGGCACAGAAGAAAAAAUCAGAAAAUAUGUCAUUAGGAGGGAAGAAGAAAUAGGCACUGCUGUGAGCAUAAUAUUUGAUCCAUUAUACAGAGUAGGUUUUUUGACGCGUCUGCACUGUGUGGACAGAGUUCUAGCGCGAGGAUCUGUGAGACGCUGGGCUGCUGUUGAAGACGGCUGGUUUGAAUCCACUGAAUCUAAAGGGUCACCUGUUUGACUCACGAAAUCACGAGUUGAUUCCUUGUGGCAACAGACUGCUAGUCCAGUCUGAUUAUUUCUUUUUGUCAACCUUUUUGGCUGACAUGGGCAUAUAUAUUUAUCACUGCAGUUUUAGUCCUGUUUGUUUGUUUUUUGUUUGUUUUUUUCUGUUUUACAGUGUUCAAUGGAAACAUUGCAUUUCUAUUGCAUGCAAAUACAUAAUAUGUAGUCAUCUAAAAGAUUCUUGAUCCCAAAGCAAUUUGGAGACCGAAUUACAGCCAAACGUAUGAACGUAACUAGUGCCUUUUGAAAAUGUGUUUUGAUGAAUAUAAUGGUCAGCACGAUAUGAUACGGUACCUUUUGUCAACUUUUUCUCUCCUGAGUUCCUCCAGAACACAGCAUUUCACAUUUUAGGUGGUUUUGUGGUGAGCACAAUAGCACUGUAAAUCUGAAUAGCAGCUUUCCAGGAACCCGAGAACUCCCUUUUCAGGGAUUUGAUUCGGUUUCCCAUUAUUUAUUUGGUUUUUGAGAUUUUAAAUCAAUGCAUUUGCACUAGAACAUCCAGAUAGAUGAUACACUUGAAAGGAAAAUUAGAUCAUAAUUUACACACCCUCGUGACUUUUUCCCUAGAGAACAUAAAAGAAAAUACUUUGAAACAUUUCUCAGUCCUGAAUUUCAUUGUGUGGACAGUUGAAACAUUC